GUUCGCCCUGCUGUGGGAAGGCCGAGGCAAGGCGGAGCCAGCGCGUCUGCGCGGGUACGGCAGCCGGAAGGGACCAGAGGCGGUGCCGCCGGUGACAGCCCCGAGCCCCACCCUUUCCCCACGUGGCCGCGGAGACCGGCUCUAGAGCGUCUGCUGGGCAGCUGCGGCCCCACGCAGAAGGGCGGGAGAUGGCCUCCAAGCGCAUCACCCAGGAGACCUUCGAUGCGGCUGUUCUUGAGAACAUUGAGGAGUUUGAGAUGGGAUCGGAGGAGGCAGUGAAAGAGGCCGUGGAGCAGUUUGAAUCCCAAGGGGUUGAUCUGAGCAACAUUGUAAAGAUGGCGCCCAGAGUCUCUGCAGAUGGACCCCAGGAGCCCACACACGACAUCCUGCAGGCCCUGGACAACCUCCAGGAGUCCGUGGCCCACUCUGGCCCUCAGGAGGUGUCAGCGCACCUUGCCCGCUUUUGUGAGCAGUGCAAGCAGCAGAAGGCCUGCCGCUUCCUGGCAGCCCAGAAGGGGGCCUACCCCAUCCUCCUUGCUACCUGGAAGCUGGCUGCAGUGGGUGACCAGGGCCUCCUGCUCCAGGCCCUCAAUGCUCUGUCAGCCCUGACCGAUGGCCAGCCUGACCUCCUGGAUGCCCAGGGCCUGCAGUUGCUUGUGGCCACGCUGGCCCAGAAUGCUGAUGUGGCUGAUCUGACCUGCUCUGGGAUCCGCUGCGUGCGCCAUGCCUGCCUGAAGCACGAGCAGAAUCGGCAGAGCCUGGUGAAGGCUGGCGUGCUGCCCCUGCUGACUGGUGCCAUUGUCCGGCACAGCCACUGUGCCGAUGUGGUCAAGGAGGCCUGCUGGGCCCUCCGCAUCAUGACCUUUGAUGAUGACAUCCGUGUGCCCUUUGGCCACGCCCAUGACCACGCCAAGAUGAUUGUGCAGGAGAAUGGAGGCUUGAAGGUGCUCAUUGAGGCCGCCAAAGCAUUCCCUGACAACCCCAGCGUGCUGAGCGAGCUCUGCAGCACCCUGUCCCGCCUGGCCGUGCGCAACGAGUUCUGCCAGAUGGUCGUCGACCUCGGGGGCCUCAGUGUCCUAGUGGCCCUGCUGGCUGACCGCAGCAACCACCAGGACCUUGUGAAGCAAGUGCUGAGCGCCCUGCGGGCCAUCGCGGGCAAUGAUGAUGUGAAGGAUGCCAUUGUCCGUGCUGGUGGGACGGAGUCCAUCGUGGCUGCCAUGACUCAGCACUUGGCCAGCCCCCAGGUGUGUGAGCAGAGCUGCGCGGCCCUGUGUGUCCUGGCUCUGCGCAAGCCAGAGAACAGCCGGGUCAUCGUGGAGGGCGGCGGGGCCCUGGCUGCACUGGAGGCCAUGAAGGCACACCCACAGGAGGCUGGCGUGCAGAAACAGGCCUGCAUGCUGAUUCGUAACCUGGUGGCCCGCAGCCAGGCCUUCUCACAGCCCCUCCUGGACCUGGGGGCUGAGGCGCUCAUCUCGCAGGCCCGUGCCACUCACCGAGACUGUGAGGAUGUGGCCAAGGCCGCCCUGCGGGACCUGGGCUGCCAUGUCGAGCUCCGAGAGCUGUGGACCGGCCAGAAGGGCAACCUGGCACCAUGACCCCAGGCUCAGUCUGGGCUGUGACUCUGGGUGAGCCGUGUGACUCAGGAAGUGAGGGGAGAGCCAUGCCUGCUGCUCUGCACUCCAGAUUCCUUCCUCCGCAAGAGGUAUUUUCUGAUGGGCCCCAGGUACAGAAUAGGGGGUAAGUGGGGGCAUCGGUGAGGCAUCUGCACAGCAGAAAGCAGUUCUGGGUCCCGGCCUCCUCUCCUCCUGCUCCCCUCACCAGCUGACAGCGUUGGCAUCAUUCAUCCUGCCUCCCCCAGGUCCUUUCCUGCCAGAAGGGCCUUCUCAGCACUGCUUGGGGGUGAAGGACAGUCUGAAAUGUGGGAGCCAUCCUGGCCAGUCUCAGAGCAGGACAGGGAUCCCACUUCUGUUCCUGCAAGUCCAUUCUCACUCCUGCUCCUGUUUUUCUCACCUAUAAAAUGGCUCACAGAUGCCUUGCUUUGCUGGCCAGAGGCCGGAGAUUGAGGGUCGUCCAUCUCUGGGGGUCCCCAGCCAGCCAGUGGUGCCCAGUAAUAAAGGACCAGACUGUUGGUUGAACGACA